CACACACACACACACUGUGCUGCACCUACUCCACCAAAGCCGAACAACUCGUCCCCCCUAUCCCCUCGUCCGACGGCGCCGUGCCGGCGGCGCGAUCGGAGGCCGGAGCUCCUCCCGUCCAGAUCUCCGUCCCCCUCCUCCUCUCCGUCUCUUGGAGUGUGAACCCAACUACCCGAAGGCGCCCUUCCUCCGCCGCAUUCCGAUCUGAUGGCCGGAUCCCGCAACUGGGCGGAUCUACCGGACGGGCCGACGGCGCUCAUCGCCGACCGCGUCCUCGCCUACGACGUCGCCGACUACGUCCGUUUCCGCGCCGUGUGCCUCCCGUGGCGUCGGUGCUCAGCGGACCCGCGCGCGCACGGCAGCCUCGACCGCCGGUUCCAUCCCCGGCGGUGGGCGAUGCUCCGGGAGGAGCUCGCGGCGCCCAACCGCCGCUCCUUCCUGAACACCUCCACCGGCGAGUGCGUCCAGGUGGACCUCCCGGAGCUCCAUGACCACUGCGUGCUCGCCCUCACCUCCGAGGGCCUCCUCGUUCUGGUCCACCACAAGCCGCAGCGCAACACCGUCCGCCUGCUCAACCCGUUCACCGGCCACCUCACGGAACUCCCGCCGCUCACCACGCUGCUAUCUCCACACGACCAGCACAUGCGUAUGGAUCUGAUUGGCCGUUUCAAAAGGGUGUUAGCAGCGUGGGGCUCCGGCGUUGCCAAUGAUGAUUCGACAGUGGUGCUCUGCUUCAACACGCUCGACGUGCUUGGCGUGGCCAAGCCCGGCGAUGACCACUGGACGUUGUUAAAAUGCCAAUUUGGUUCGAUGUUAUCGCCCUUAAUGCUGGCAGGCCGAUUCUACUGCGUUAACUGGCACAAUGGUGUCAUGGUGCUGGAAACCAGCGGAGAUCAGCCACCACGGCUGGAGAUGGCCUCCGAGCUGAAUUUGAGUGGCUCACUGAUUGAGGGUAGUCUGCACCUGGUGAACAAUUGUGGGGAGCUCAUGCUGGUGCACCGUUGGAGCGGACCAUUGUCAUCGGUGAACAGAUUGGGUUAUUGGUACGAUGCAUAUCGAGUGGAUUUGGACAAGCGGACGCUAUUCCCGGUCAACAGCUUGGGCGGCGCCGCCGGGCGUGCGGUGUUCAUGGGCAUGCAUUGCUCCCUAUCGGUGUCCAUACAGAAUUUCCCUUCUGGCUCCAUUACUGCUGACACCAUCUACUUAGGCUUUGACGUUGCUGAAAGAGCGGGGUUUAAAGUUGGAGCAUAUCAUCUCGCAGAUGGAAGCAUCGAAGGCACCGGCAGAUAUGAGGGUCGCUUGGUGCCACGGCCGCAUACUCUUGUUGACUGUCUAUGUUUAGCCAAUACCGUCUGAGGAGCUAUCCCAUUUCCUUGAUGUUUAGCGUGCAUGGAUGCGCAAUAUGUAUCUGCACACUUUGUUGCUGAGUUUCGUUUCAAGGUGCACACAUACAGAUUUGUAUGCAUGUUAUCAAGAGAAGAAGUGUGUUGCACUCUUUUACAGUAGUCCAAGUAUUUGCCUAAUCAGUUUGUGGCUUUGGCAAAAAGCAAAGCAACUUAUUAUUUCCUCAGUUGGAAAGCAGGCCUGUCUGCUUUCAUGGCAGAAAGGUUGUUUUCGGCUGCGGUGACUUUGUGAGAUCUUGGGAAGAUGGUUAGUUCAAAAACAAACCUUUUAUGCCCUUUACCAUGGUUUAUAUGACAUUUGUAAGCAAAUAAUUUUUCUGGUAAGUUACUCCUUCCCACCUUCUAACUGGACCUUGAGAAGAUGCCUAACCUGGUCCUCAUCACACACGCACCAUGUAGUUAUUUUGGCAGUAUAGAUUUGAUAUUAAUACAGUUUGUGAAAAUUUGUCGCCUCGGUGUUCUCUAUGGUCAUCAGGUUGGUGAUCAUUGUCACUUGACUUUGUUAGGUCAAACUUUACUACUCCCUCUGAUCCAUAUUACUUGUCCCUCGAACGGAUGUAUAUAGAUGUAUUUCAGUGCUACAUACAUACGUUUGAGCAACAAGUAAUAUCGAUCAGAGGGAGUAUGUUUAUUUUAGUAAGGUUAGAAAAAUAUUUAUGUAAAUUCAGAACUUUCUUUGGACACCAGAUCAAGUUGUUUUAGUAUAGAUUGAGCUAAGCUUGGCUAUCAACUUUGUUAUCAUUAUAGGAGCAUUUUUGAGUCACUUUGCAUGAAUUUCCAGUUCCCAAGUUUAAGGAUUUUGCCCACGCUUGAAAUGCGCUUCACAAUAUUCAAUGUUUAAGUCAAUAAGAUGCAAGGAAAUGUGUGUUUUAAUUAUCUCGUUUGGAACUUAACUUCCCUGUUUAAUUCUCUUCAUGUUUAAGUUGCAGGUUUCUAUCUGUGUUGUUAGUUCCCCAACCUAGUAGUUUGUGGAGCCAAGUAUUUCUUGAUAGCAAAGAGAAAGCAGGCAACGCUGGCUAUUAUAGGUGUUCAGGAGCACCACUUCUCCAGAAGCUGGAUGGAUUUAACAUCGACAACCCUGGACUUCCUAUGGAUGGCUAUAUGACAUUUUGUGGCUGGUCAGCAAUAUGUAAAAUGUUCCGCUCUCCAUUUUAAGGUAGUUUUGCUUACUUCACAUCAUUCCCUUCCCCUCCCAGAGAUAAAUAUUCAUGUUUGCUCCACAUGGUAUACUCUUCGUUUUGUAUGGUGCUAGUUCUCCGUGGGCUUAUAUGACUUACUCAACUGCAAAACUGCGGAAGUUGUUGCCAAUAAAUCUUUGUGUAAUGUCUAGCAGGGCCCGAGCUCUUGCAUGAUAUGAAUGUCUCACCAUUUUCAUCAUCCAACACACAAUCCCAAAUUUUGGUUGCUGACAGCAGUCAGGCAAUUUGUUAAAGGUUUCUGAAAUUGAAUUAAGCUUACCGCACUUGUAUAUUAUUGUUUCUAUUAUAUAUUCAGCCAGAAGAGAAAUAGUCAUGGGCAACAAUAUGUUACUGGGGAUCCAAGUGGAUCCAUAUCAAAAGAAAUCUUCUUGACAAGACAAUUGGCCAAAAGGUGUAACGGCAAACUGAAUAAAGGCAAGGAUUUAUACGAGUUUGAAAGGAUCAGGAGGUUGAUAUACAUGCAGAUGCGGAUGUGGUAGAAGCUUGAGGCUCAGAUGAGGCUGUAAUAUUAUGUCUUGAUGAGUUUAUGAGGGAGUACAUGAUAAUUAUCGGAUAUUCUCAUUCUCAUAGUUCCAAAUUUGAAAGCAUACAUGUUUGCUAAGGCAUCCGAAAAACGCUUUACAGGUAACUGACGCUACUUGACUGUUAGUAGCCCGCCUUCUUAAUGAACUGAGAUCGAAUCCUUGGAAGCUCAGCUGUCAGUCCAAGAAAUCGCUUAUGAGAAGUGUUCUCCUUUUUUUAGUAGUAGUAGCUUGAAUGUUGGUUUUCUGGAAACCGUUGGCUAAGUAGAAUAUAUCAAUAAAUGUGCGUCUGGCGAGUGAAACCUGAUAGCUGCAAAGCUAUGGUCGUAUUUUGCAUUUUUUUCCCCUCUAGAAUGCACAUAAGCUAUGCGUAUCAUAUAUAGAGAGAAGAAACGGUAGAUUUCGCAAAAGAAGAAGAAGAAGAAGAAGAAGAAGAAGAAGAAGAAGAAGAAGAAACAGUAGAGUGCUCGGUGAAAACAUGCAAAUCUCCACAGAGAAGACCCGCCAUAUCAGCCAAGUCUUAAUUUCCUCUAGCACCCUUUUUAUCACCACAAUGCUCAAUGGCGUUGCCCUAUUGAAGACGACGGCAUUUCUGCUGUACUCCUUUCGUUCCAUAAUAUAAGAGUGUAUUUAACGAAUAUCCUAUUCUGAGCCCAGGCUCAGCUGCACUCGGUGUGCAAUAAAUUCAAAAAUA